AUGUUUGGCGCCCCAAACGGGCUUUGUUCAUCCAUCACCGAAUCCAAGCAUAUCAAGGCAGUAAAGAAACUGUGGCGACGCUCAAGCAAACACAAGGCUCUCGGUCAGAUGCUCCUCACCAAUCAGCACCUGGACAAAAUUGCGGCAGCAAGAGUUGAUUUUCAUUUGCGCGGGAUGCUUAAAGGUUCUUGCGCUUUCAGCUACUAUAAUUCAUUUUUCAAUAAUUGCUUCAAUCCCGAAGAUGACAACAGCACUGAGUUGGACAUCGACAACAACAACCAUGAAGCGCAAUGGCCCGAAAAAACCAAUCCAUUUGCCAAGGAAGCUGACGACUAUGGCGAUGUCGAGGAUGAUGGAGUUGUAGAUGAUGAGGACAUUAUUGCUGAUGUGAACUUGGCACAACGUAAAUGUGCGCGUACAAUUCCCAAACUUGCAGAUGAACUUGAUUUGCCAUCACUCCCACAUCUCAUUCGUCUGUUUUUAUAUGACCAGAUUCACACUGACGACAAUCAUUCUUCCGCCGAUGUCCCCCUUCGUGACUGUCCAUCUUUUACAGGACGCAUCAAGAUUUUCCAUUCUGCUUCCACUACGUUCAUUGCACCAAGCGAUCCAAGCGGAAUCACUGGCAUGCGACACGAGCACAUUCAUGCUGUGCCCUCAUGGUGCAAUGGACCAGGCCGGUAUGACCAUCAGCAAAUCGCUGUGUUCCUUUUCGUCCCUUAG